GUCAUACUUGAGUCAUACUAAUAAGUGGCUUAGCUUGUGUCUUAUCUUUUUAGAGAUUAAAAUCUCUAUAAUUAGAGACUUGUAAUGAUCGUCAAACUAGCAUUGCAAAAACGUUCUAUUGUUUAUGAAAUCUAAAUCAAAAUGGAAAAGAAACAUCAAGAUUGGAUUCAAAAAAAUUUCACUGAAAUACUUAAGCAUACAAAUUUAGAAAUAUUAUUGCCACAUGUUAAAAGAAAAAAUAUAUUUCCGGAAAUUUUAUUGGAAAAAUAUCAGCUACCAACAAUAACACCACACGAAAGAAAAAGACAAUUUUAUUGGGACAUUCAAAAAAGGGGGCCAAAAUCGUAUGGAUUAUUACUUGAAGCUUGUCAAGAGAGUGGACAAUCUACAUUAUAUUCAAUUCUAAAUGGAGAACCAUCUAUUCCUCCUGUUGAUAUAUUAAAAAAUGCAAAGCCAUUUGAACAUGAAAUGUUAUCCAAAACCGAUAACAGAGAUAAUAUAUAUAACACAUUGUUAGAAGAGAACACAGGAGUAACCCUGUCUUUAGAUCAACAACCAACGAAAAUUGUUGUAAAAACAUCUAAAGAACGAAUGGACAUUGCAAACGGUUUGCAACAUAAGUCUUUAACUCCAUAUCCAAUGCAUGGAACAAAGCGUGGCAUAGCUUUUGUAAUUAAUAACAUCGAAUUUAUGGGUACAAAACAUAAAAAACGUGAAGGGGCCGAAGUUGAUGCAAAAAAUUUGAAAGAAUUAUUCAAACAAUUAGGAUAUGAAUGGAUUUAUUGGGAAAAUCAAACGUACAAAGAUAUUCAUACUAAAUUACGAGAGUUUACACAAGAUACAGAUAAUAAAUUAAGAGAAGUUGAUUCAUGUUUCAUUAUUUUUAUGUCUCAUGGUGUUGAGGGUCAUAUUCCAGAGGACACUCAUAUCAUUACAUACGAUAAUUUAGAAUACAAAACAUCCGAAAUUAUCAAUAAAUUUAGUAACUUAAGCUGUAAAUCAUUGCGAAGUAAACCGAAAGUUCUCAUUUUUCAAGCGUGCCGAGGUAAUAUGGAAGAUUUCGGUGUUAAAUACGUUUCACCGAAAGCUGCACGACGAGUGAUAUCACAAUCACCAAUAAAUAAAACGGAAGCUGAUGGUGAAUCGCAUGAAACAAUGCCAAAUAAAUCAGACAUGUUAAUAUGUUAUGCAUCCAGUCCUGGAUAUCGCGCGUAUCGUGAUACACUUUUAGGAUCAUGGUUUAUUCAAUAUUUAUGUGAAAUAUUUAUGAAUUAUGCGUAUAACACUGAUGUUCAAAAACUUUUUAGUAUGAUUAGUGGCGAGGUAACAGAAAAGCGUACUCAGGAUGACGCCAGACAAAGUGCCUACAUUGCAACAUACGGCUUUCGACCAUGUUUUUUAAAUCCUGGGCUAAAAGUAUCAUCACCGGAAAAAUUAAAUUAUCAUAAAGUGAGUAAUAUAAUAAAAGAACUAUCAGGGACUAUAUCGUUUGUCAUAGUCUUUGAAACCAUGGAAGAUUUUCCAGAUCGUGCAAACAUAUUGGAGAAAAGUGAAAUGGAAAUUUCUGUAGAGUCAGUGAAUAAAAGAAUAAAUAGUAAAAUUAUUGAAGACUAUACAGAUUCAAAAAGUUCAAAUGUAAGAAAAGAAAAAACUAAAAUUGUUGUGAAAUAUGCAGAAGAAAUGAAAAAUAAAGUGGCAAAACAGGAUUCAGUCGAUAAUUCUAACUCUAAUAAUGAGAAAGAAGAUAAAGUUCCGCCAUAUCCAAUGGAAGGACUCAAAACAGGUGUGGCACUAGUAAUUAAUAACAUAAAAUUCGAGAAUAAAAAUGAUAGUGAAAAACUUGAGGAGCGAAAAGGUGCUGAUGUUGAUAAAGAAAAUUUAAGAGAAUUGUUUACUCAAAUGGGAUUUGAAUGGGAAUAUUGGGAAAAUCAAACUGAGCAGAAUAUUAAAACUAAAUUAAAAAAUUUUACGGAUGAAUCUAAUGAAUUAUUAAAAGAAGUUGAUUCAUGCUUUGUAAUAGUAAUGUCUCAUGGAUGUCAAGGGCAGAUCCCCGAGGACACACAUAUUUAUACCUCUGAUAAUAAACUGAUUGCAGCAAAUGAAAUAAUCAGACAUUUCAAUAGUUCGAAUUGUAAACCACUACAAGAUAAGCCAAAGUUUGUAAUUUUUCAAGCAUGCCGAGGUGAUUUGAAGGAUUUCGCCCUUAGAAAGACGACUAAAAUUAAUUCAAACUGUCAAAGGACUAGAAUGGCUGAAUCUGGUUGCUCCUCCUGUUAUAAUUUCCAAAAACUUGAAGUUGUCACACAACUUGAAAGAUAUGUAAAUAAUCAAAGAAAUUCAGUGGAAUCAGAUAAUACAGCAAGAACAAACGCAGUUAUUGAAACAAACCAAACAAUCCCGAGUAUGUCGGACAUUUUUAUUUAUUAUUCAACAAGUCCAGGGUUCAUAAGUUAUCGAGAUCCGUCAAAAGGUACUUGGAUUGUGCAAUAUUUUUGCGAAGUGUUUAUGAAUCAUGUGUACAAUACAGAUGUUCGCGAUCUUUUUGGUAUGAUCACCAAGAAAGUAAUGGACCUACGAACAACAAACCAUGCUUUACAAGUUCCUCAUUCUGCUAUUCGUGGUAAAUUUCAACCGUGUUUUUUGUAUCCUGCAUUAAAAACAAUAGACGAUAAUCAGGAGACUAAUCAAGAAAAAAACUUGUUGAAAAUUGCCAAAGAAUUAGAAUAUGACUAA